AGGGAUGUGGAUGAGGAGCGGGCUCUCUUUCUUUCUCCCGGGGCUGAGUUAAUCCUGCUGCCAGGCGGGGUGAAGCAGCAGUCUCAGCGCUGGAUUCCGAGCGAGGGAGACGCGCAACCCCGAAGGCGCAGCAGAGGGGAGGCGAGAGAGGCAGCUAAAGAGAGCAGAGCGGGGGAAAAAUCAAAUCUAUGCUUGGAACUGGGCUUCUUUUUCGCCAAUGCAAAAGGGAAUAUGCAGCACAUUUUUGCCUUCUUCUGCACCAGUUUCCUAGGGGCGGUGUUAGGGGCCAAUUUCCCCAACAAUAUCCAGAUAGGGGGGUUAUUUCCUAAUCAACAGUCCCAGGAACAUGCGGCUUUUAGGUUUGCGUUGUCUCAGCUCACGGAACCCCCUAAGCUCCUUCCCCAGAUCGACAUUGUGAACAUUAGUGACAGCUUUGAAAUGACAUACACCUUCUGCUCGCAGUUCUCCAAGGGCGUCUAUGCCAUCUUUGGAUUUUACGAGAGGAGGACCGUCAACAUGCUCACGUCCUUCUGCGGGGCUCUCCACGUCUGCUUCAUAACGCCAAGCUUCCCUGUUGAAACAUCAAACCAGUUUGUUCUCCAGCUUCGCCCAGAGCUCCAGGAUGCCCUCAUCAGUGUCAUCGAGCACUACAGCUGGCAGAAGUUUGUGUAUAUUUAUGAUGCUGACCGGGGGUUGUCAGUCCUACAGAAAGUGCUGGACACUGCAGCUGAGAAGAACUGGCAGGUGACAGCUGUCAACAUCCUGACGACAACAGAAGAGGGCUACCGCAUGCUCUUCCAGGAGCUAGAGAAGAAGAAGGAAAGGCUGGUGGUGGUGGACUGUGAAUCUGAGCGGCUGAACAUCAUCCUUAGCAAGAUCAUCAAGCUUGAAAAGAAUGGGAAUGGCUACCACUACAUUCUGGCAAAUUUGGGAUUCAUGGAUAUUGACCUGACCAAAUUCAAGGAGAGUGGAGCCAAUGUAACUGGUUUCCAGUUGGUGAAUUACACGGAUGCUGUUCCUGCCAGGAUCAUGCAGCAGUGGAGGAAUAAUGAUGCCAGGGAGCAUCCUCGUGUGGACUGGAAGAGACCAAAGUACACAUCAGCGCUAACAUACGACGGGGUCCGAGUGAUGGCUGAGGCCUUUCAGAACCUGCGGAGGCAGCGGAUCGACAUCUCCCGUCGCGGCAACGCCGGGGACUGCCUUGCCAACCCGGCCGUGCCCUGGGGACAAGGCAUCGACAUCCAGAGAGCACUGCAGCAGGUCCGUUUUGAAGGAUUGUCUGGCAACGUUCAGUUUAACGAGAAGGGACGGAGGACCAACUACACCCUCCAUGUGAUUGAGAUGAAACAUGAUGGGAUCAGAAAGAUUGGUUACUGGAAUGAAGAUGAGAAGUUGGUUCCAGCAGCCAUAGAUACUCAAACUGGCAAUGAGUCUACAAGCCUCCAGAACAGGACUUACAUAGUCACAACUAUCCUAGAAGACCCAUAUGUGAUGCUCAAGAAGAACGCCAACCAGUUUGAAGGCAACGAGAGGUAUGAAGGCUACUGUGUGGAGCUGGCUGCUGAGAUCGCGAAGCACGUUGGCUACCACUACAGGCUGGAGAUUGUCAGAGAUGGGAAGUACGGAGCCCGGGACCCCGACACCAAAACGUGGAACGGCAUGGUGGGAGAGCUCGUUUACGGGAGGGCGGAUGUGGCUGUGGCACCAUUAACCAUCACUCUGGUUCGAGAAGAAGUUAUAGACUUUUCAAAACCGUUCAUGAGUUUAGGUAUCUCUAUCAUGAUAAAAAAACCUCAGAAGUCUAAACCAGGAGUUUUUUCCUUUCUGGAUCCUUUGGCUUAUGAGAUAUGGAUGUGCAUUGUUUUUGCCUACAUUGGAGUGAGCGUUGUCCUCUUCCUGGUGAGUCGCUUCAGCCCUUACGAGUGGCACACUGAGGAAUUUGAAGAAGGACGAGACCAGCCUGCCAAUGACCAGACAAAUGAGUUUGGGAUAUUCAACAGUCUCUGGUUCUCCCUGGGAGCUUUCAUGCAGCAAGGAUGUGAUAUUUCUCCAAGGUCUCUCUCCGGCCGCAUAGUUGGUGGUGUCUGGUGGUUCUUCACCUUGAUCAUCAUAUCCUCCUACACAGCUAACCUGGCUGCCUUCCUCACCGUGGAAAGGAUGGUUUCUCCCAUCGAGAGUGCAGAGGACUUGGCCAAGCAGACAGAAAUCGCCUAUGGGACUCUGGAAGCUGGCUCCACUAAAGAAUUUUUCAGGCGAUCCAAAAUAGCAGUGUUUGAGAAGAUGUGGACAUACAUGAAGUCAGCAGAACCCUCCGUUUUUGUGAGGACGACAGAAGAGGGCAUGAUCCGGGUGAGGAAGUCAAAAGGGAAGUAUGCCUACCUCUUGGAGUCCACGAUGAACGAGUACAUUGAGCAACGGAAGCCCUGUGACACCAUGAAGGUGGGAGGUAACUUGGACUCCAAAGGCUAUGGCAUUGCAACACCAAAGGGGUCUGCGCUGAGAGGUCCCGUAAACCUAGCGGUUUUGAAACUCAGUGAGCAAGGCGUCUUAGACAAGCUGAAAAGCAAAUGGUGGUACGAUAAAGGGGAAUGUGGAAGCAAGGACUCCGGAAGUAAGGACAAGACAAGCGCGCUGAGUCUCAGCAAUGUGGCGGGGGUUUUCUAUAUCCUCAUCGGUGGGCUCGGACUAGCCAUGCUGGUUGCCUUAAUCGAGUUUUGUUACAAGUCCAGAAGUGAAUCAAAGCGGAUGAAGGGUUUUUGUUUAAUCCCACAGCAAUCAAUCAACGAAGCCAUACGGACAUCAACCCUUCCCAGGCCGGCUGCAGCAGGAGGCAGUGGAGAAAACGGACGUGUGGUCAGCCACGAUUUCCCCAAAUCCAUGCAGACGAUCCCGUGCAUGAGCCACAGCACCGGCAUGUCCCUGGGAGCUACGGGAUUAUAAUUGGCCUUUUGACCCAUUGCCUGGGUGAGAGCAGGGGCAGCCCAACUCCACCCCCUCCAGAGCCAAAAAACAAACCCAACACCAACAAGACAAACAACGAUGACAGAAGGGACAAUUGGAUGGAUCUUCUCAAGGAAAUCAAUUCUAUUUCCCUUUUUAUUUGCAAACAGAUCCACCGGCAGGAGAACAGAAACAGGUCUGUACUGCAAUAAGGAGAGUGUAAUGGGAUUUAACAGACUCGUGAACCGUCCCUGAUCAAAGAACCACUGGAACACUAAUGAGGACUAUGCCAUUUUGUUUUAACUUGGUUGUUAAUAAGUCUUAGUGUGUGCAAUAUAUAUAUUUUUUCUUACUAAUUCCUGUGGUGUCAGGGUAACAUCAGCCCUUUCCCCCUUCCCUGCUCAGUCCUUCAAUCUGGUUUAGUUUGGGAUGCAAACCAUAAUGUCUGAGCUACUAACAGCAAAAAAAGAACAUCCAAUAAAUUGCAAGCUGAACUCCCUGCAGGGCGUCAGCACUGACGCCUUUUGUCCAUCGUGAUUCUGCCUUCUGUUGUUCUGUUGUGAACUCAGGCUGGGGAGUAAUUGCAACGAGGCAGAACAGCUCUCCCUGCAACAGGAAGGACUUGAUGCGAGAAAGAACCUGAACAAAAACACGAGGCUGUUUUAUGGGGGCAAAGUCAUGAGUAAGUUUGGAAACCCCAGGUUACCUGAGGACAAAGUGACAGUUCUUCCAGAGAUGAUGAGUGGCGGUUCAAGAGAAGAAUCGUGGGCCUGGAGUGGAGAGUGUCAUGCGUGGCAGAUUGGAGCAGAUGGUUGGUCUGAGAUCAUGGUCGGCUGCUGAUUUCUAUGGAAGAGGGAAAAUAAAUGCGCGUUCCCCUCACAUGCAACUCUCCUGCCUAGGUUAUUGGGGGCUAAUAAGCAAUUGUGAACCAUUUCUUCAUUGCUUAGCUUCUGUGUGUGCUCCCUUUUUGGUGGUCACAUAAGGGAACCACCUUGAGCCGGGAAUAGACCAUCUCAAGACAUCCAGUUCUAGAUGGCUGCCUAUUAACCAGUAAAAACAUGCUAUAAGUCAUGGGGCUGCAAUGGGAAUACCCCUGCCUUUUUGCUCUGAAAUCCCUUUAUGGCCAUUUUUCUAAUUAAGAGGGACAUUUUGUAGAUAGUUGGCCAGAAUAGCUCCUGGAAAGAACUGUUGAAGCAAACCAAGGAGGAGACCCUACAAGAGCUUCAUUCAAGCAUCCGUGACAUUCAACAACAUCAAGGCUGGUCAAAUUUGGCCUUCCCAUCAAGUUGUGGCCUGUCUGGGUACAAAGCCAAAAGUAGCAGAUUCCCACUCAGUAUCGUUAGGGAGAAGGAAGCAUCCACCAGCCAGGAGAGCAGGUUGCUGACCCCAAACUUGGUAUUGCAGAAACCCACUCUGCCAGACAGGCAGCUGGGGCUCCAACCACAGGUGUGGAGAUCAAAGGGGCAAGGAUGUUUAUCCAGAACUGCACAAAAGGUUCGUUCUGUGAAUCACUGGCAUGGACAGACAAAUGCUUCCCACCAUGGUGGGCCUGAGACACCUCCCCAGAAAUGAAGGAUUCUCAGGGGAGCAUCUGGAGAGAAAAAAAAUCUGUGGGGCAGGGACCACAAUGAACCCACUUAGCCUUGUCCCGUCUCACAGGUCCAUCACUGAUGGCAAACAAAGUUGAAAGCUUCUCACAGGACCCAGCAAAUAUCUGUCCAGGGACUGAGCUGCUAUUGGAGUGUUCUGAGCUUCUUUUUCUCAUUUUUUUUCUUUUUUCUUUUUUUUUUUUUUUUCCUGCAACGUAGCAAGAGAGGAGCAAGAAAAAAAGGGAGGCAGGUGAACCGAAAGUGAUGCAGGCAAAUGACUGGCACAGGUAUAUGAGGAGGAUCUGUCUAUCCAACUGUCCAUAAGUACAGCUGGAAGCUGCCUGAACACCAGUUUCCAUUAGUGUACGGAUGUGAAGAGCAAUACAUCUAUCACCUUUAACACCAGCCUGGUCUGAAGUAUCUGUUCCAUUUACCCACUUGUCAUGCAACACUUGGGAGACCAGCAAGUCAGAGUCAAGGUCCUAAGCUCGGGCACAGCAUGUCUUGUGCCAACGUGUUUUCCUCUCUCCACCACUGGAAACCCUUGUGAUCCUCAUCUCUCAUCAACGAACAUGAACUCUGUUACCAGCCACUCCAAACACCUCUUCAGGUCACUUUGUGUUGAUUAGCAUUAUUUUUAAUCCCCUUUUCUUCAUUUUAACUUCACUUCUGUGUAAGUGCUAGCUCAGUGGAGGCACCCCACAAGCUAGCCUGUUUCCAUGCCCAGAGCCCUCGGAUGCAUCUCCUGACCCAGCUCUUGCCGCAUCCUGGACCUUGCCACAGCAGUGGACCACUGGGUGCUGUGGUGGGAGCAGGCUGCUGAGACCCAUCGGUGCCCCAUCCUCCUCCAAAGACAGGACUACGUGGCAGCAGGUCGUGGGGAGCCCGGCCGGGCAGUUAGAUGGUCCCGUGAGAAGCAACAUGUCUGUGCUAGGACUGGCCGCCUGUGACGUGAAGAUGUGAGAUGCAGUUUUCAAAGGCUUUUUGGUCAGUGGAGGGGUUAAAGAAAAAAAAAAAAAAAGAUGAAUAGGACAAAAGCGUGGCAAAUGUUAACUUGUAAUAUGUAUUUUUACUACACUUUUCUUAAAAAUAGAGUAAUGGUAAAACUCUUAAAGACAUUGACAUUUUUUCUCAACAGGAAUCCAUAUUUAACAGUUUUGGCUUUCAUUAAAUUUUGCUCUUUGGUACCUGGAUCUUUUAUUUAACAGCUAUAUUUGUUUUAACUCUCUUUUAUUUUUUCUUUCUUUUUUUUUUUUCUUCUUUUGGCAGUACUGCAAAGGAUUUGCUUUAUCAAAUGCAACAGUGUUUUUCUUUUCACAUUCUCUUUUUUUCAAGCAACAUUUUUAUUGGCAAUUAUUAUUUACACAAAAAUGAAACUAUCAGCUGGAAUUUUAGCACCAAGGAUCCAUGAUCCAUUUUUCAUACCUGUCCAUGCCGUUUUGUGCCAGUGCUGGAUGUGUGGAAAUGAAAAUGAUGUUACCCCUCAGGCAAUAUUACCCAACCUGAAUCAAAUGAGAGUUCCUUGAAUAUUGCUGUGUCUGAAUUGUGAACAGCAGCCAAAUAAACUGCUUCAGGUUGAAAUUGGGAAUCUAUCUAAUAUUUACCCAAGAGUCAGGAAACUAAACAUUCAUUGGGUUCAAAGUUAAAGAUUUUCCUUCCUUUAGAGUUUUGUGGGGUUAUUCUUUGAGGAGGGCUAUUAGAGGAUUUUAGCUUGUUUUUACAGAGAGACAAGACACGGUCAGCUCAGAGAGAAUUCAGAACCAGCACUGGUCCAAAAAUCCUCACCAGGAUCAGCUUUCCUAGGAGCUCCCAUGCUGUUUCAGAGGCUUGGACAUUUGAGACGUUUCUCACUCAGUUUUCACACAAUUAUCCUGGUAAAUUCCUCAUCCAAAAAUGUGUUGAAAAGGGAAAAAGAGUAGAUUUAAAAGGCCUUGUACAUUUAUGCAGAUGCUGACAGCUGCUGAGGUCAACUGUAAUCAUUAAUGUCAUACUCUUAUGUAGCACUUGGUGUCACAGAUCUGGAAGGACUUCCCUUCUCCGUAUAGUCAUUCCCAUUUAUCGACUGGGGAAGCUGAGACACAAAAAUGCCUUGGACCAGGCACCCCAGCUCACCCCACAGGGCCAUGGUAAUACAUUCAAGGUCUCCAACAUUCACGAGGGGUGUUUUUACCUACUGGUAAGUUUUAAAGAUAGAGUCACCAAGGGGCAGAAUUAAUACAAUUUGAAAAGGGCUGUGAACCCUCAGGCUUCAAAGCACAAGAGACUCCCAAUCUGUGGGGCCUCAAGCAGAGGCUUCCUGUGGGCAGGUUAUGCUGGAUCAGCCCGUUUUGGUCUUCCACAAUUGCUUAGGCAUCCCGUACUGUACUGUGGGCGUGGAUCCUGUCUCAAAACACUCUUCUUGCUCAGAGGUUCACUAAUGGCUCCCGGGAAGUUGCAGAAAUGCACAAGAAACAUCCCUUUAUAUCUUGGCAUAAACAGGACAAAAUUCCCUCCUAGUGGCAAAAGCAAAUGUUCCUUGUAAGAAAAACUCCAGCAAGAAUCCAAAACGAGCUUCAGCAGUUAUUGAAGCAAAAAAACACCAAACCUUGAAGUGCAGCAGGUGAGGAACAGAUGCAUUACCCAGUCCACCCCUUUGCUAUGGGUUGGUAACUCUGGUAUCAUGACACAAAGCUGGGAUGCUCCAAAAAAAGGUUGUUAGUCCAUGAGCCUACCUGCUAUCAAAUGCAAGAAGAACUUACUCAUCUAAGCUCAGUGAAGGAACAGGGCAGGGGCACAUCAAUGUUUGCUGUAACCCAGUGGUUGCCAACCACUAACCUGUUCAACUCCAGCAACUCAGCCACACGCCUACAUCAAAAGUUUUGGGAGACAUGGGGAAGUUUUCACUGUGAACACAGGUGAAUGCUCAGUUUUUAGUGACGUGGUCAGUCACCCAAAUGUCACACGUGGCUCUGGGUCACAAAGUGAAUAUUUUUGUGGCCAUUUCUAACAUGCCGGUCCACUACAGAGGUACAUGUCAGUGCUUAGAUGACCCAUCACAGUGGUGUGCAGUACCCUUAUGACAUUGUGGUACUCUUCACUGCCAUGGCAUGAGAAAUAACAGCACAGAUUGGGACUUAAUGAGUGGGGACUGCUUUGAAACACCGCCUUGGAGAAAGGAGGAGAUGGGUUCGGACCCUUCCCACCAGCUAAGGUACCAGAUUAACCCCUGCUGACCUCUGUUAAACACAGAUUCCUCGGCUGCCUUCAUGUUACCUAUGGGCACAAAUCAAUUUGUCAGCCACCAGUGCUGGUUUUGUGUCUUGGCAGCCCACCGCUGGCUGAAGCCCCUGUGCUUGCAUCUCCACUACCCAGUUAAUUAACAGAAACACAGGGAUAUCACUGUGCCAUGCACAGCUGUCCACCAGCCCACUGGACUGCAGGGCUUUUGGGGCAAAAUCCACAUGUAAAUCCCAGCUCAAAAGAUGCCAGGCAGUGCCAGAAAAAACUGCUUGGGCUCCGUGUUGCUCCAGCUUCACUACAAAGACGACAACCCUCCCAGCUGCUCUGUUCUUUUCCAGGCACUUGAUCCUUAUAGUUUGAGUAUAUGAGGGAUGAAUUUAGAGUGCAAGGACCUGGAAAAUGUUCUCCUAGGCAUGGAGGGGUAGCUCAAGACUGAUCCCUCCAUCAAAAUCUUGACUAUUCGCAUUCUGGGAUUCUCCACUCUGCCCUGACCUGCAACAUCACCUCACAUUUUCCUUCUGUCCAUCCCUCUCUCUCCUUCAUUUGUACAUCAAUCCCACCAGCAGCACUGCCAGAUACUGUUCUCCAGGACCUGGAAUAGGUUCUGGGUAUGUACACAGUGGUUGUCUUAUUGCAGAGAAGUCUGUAUCACCGUAUACCUUCAGAAAGCAAAUGAACUCCUCUUCUUUUGGGAUGGGGCAGAGAUGUGAAUCCAGCUCCGCACUGGGCAGAAGUGAUCCCAUAACCCAUCACACUGUACUUGGGCAGCAAGGAGCCUGACACCACCCUGCAAACGGGCUGUUACGUGGAGCCACACUCUUGCAAAGUGCUGAGUUAUCUGGCUGUUCCCAGAGCACUUGGACUAAUCUCCCUGUUGCUGGUGCACACUGGUCCCGAGGAGGCAUCGCUGCCUGGCUGCCAGGAGGUUCUUCUGGCUCAGGAUGGGGAGAGGCAGGGUGCUGGACAUUAUCUCCACAGAGCUGGUACCCGAGUGAACUCACCUGCCAAGUGUGUGCAAGGGGAGAGCUGACUCUAGAGCAGUGGAACACAACAGUCCUCACCCCCAGAAGCGUAAUUAGCCAAAUUUUGCACAUCCCUUUGUCAUGCACUAAUUAUAUAGCGCGUACACACAUGCACAUGCAUACACAGAUAUUAAGAGAUGCCUUUGACAGCCCAAAUUAGUUGCCAAGGUACCUUUUCAUUCCUAAGGAUCAAUACGGUAUAAUGUAACAGCCACAAAGCAUGUUCAUUACUCUGCAGGGCUGGUUUAACAUGCUCUCCGGAUCCCUUUGGCAGUAAUUCCUCCUCUGUUUGAGCUGGCAUCAAAAUUAAUGGCAUGUCGUGUUCUAUAAGUCCUGACUUUUUAGAUGAAAGGUACACGGUGUUGUUCGCAUCAGUAUUACAGUGUAAUAAAUCAGUGCUUUCCCA